AUGGGUGGACAAACUUCCUCUAUGGCGCAUAAUACUCGUUUCCAGCGUCCGGUAUAUAAGGACUUGUUGUCCUUUGCACUUGAUGAGCAGCCUGUCGCAUAUGAUGAGCAGAGACCGUUGUUUGUUGAUGCUGAGAAUCCGGCGUUGUCGCUUAAUGCGCGUCAAGUGAGGGUCUUUGUGAGGACUGUUAUUGCUGGUUUGAGAAAGAGGGCUGGUGUUGAGACUGGGGAUUGUGUUUUGGUGACGUUGCCGAAUAAUGUAUUAUACUCUUCCAUAUUCUUUAGUAUCAUCGGUGCUGGCGGCAUAUACAUGGGCAUCAAUCCGUCGAGUCAAUAUGCAGAACUAGAGCAUUUCUUGGAACUGUCUACGCCUAAGUUGAUCAUCACAGCUCCAGCGGGAUUGAAUCUGUUGCAAGAAGUCACGGAAGCGAAAGGUAUACCACAGAAUCGCAUCUGUGUUCUAGACGACUAUGCCAUCGCAUACUUAUCAGCAAUCUUGUCGUCGCGGCCGUCCAGUCCAACUGAGGCUAUGCAGGAGGACAAUAUCAACCACGCUCGACAUCCAGAGACUCUGAACUUCUCAGCUCUUCUUCGUCACGGCCAAGAAGACUGGAUAAAAUUCGACGACAAAGUCCGCUCCAUGACCACACCAGCGGCAAUGUACACAACCAGCGGAACUGGCGGCUUACCCAAAGGCGCAUUACUAUCCCACCACGCCAUAAUAAUGCACCACCAAAGUCUCUACUACGAAACACCAUACGAUACUACGCGACUGAUCUGUAUACCAAUGUUCCACCUCUUCGGCGCCCUGUAUACACACAUUUGGCCCCUUCGAUACGGAGAGACGUGUUACGUCCUGCCCAGAUUUGAUAUUGCGCAAUUCGUGCAGACGGUAUACCUCUACCGGAUUACGGAGACUUUUAUGGUGCCUGCCAUGGUGCAGGCACUGAAUAAGUAUCCUGAUUUGGAGCUUUCACAAUUUUUCAGAUCAUUGCGCUACAUUGGUACAGCAGGCGCAUCCCUUGAUUCGGCGUCGGCACAGCGUCUAGAAGCAAAGUUGCAUCCCGAGGCACAGAUAUCGCAGAUUUGGGGUAUGACCGAAGUUGGAGUGGCUUUUCAGAUGCGAUAUGGAUGCCGCAAUGAGACGGGUAGUAUUGGUCGCCUGUUGCCGAAUUAUGAGGUUAAGCUGUUGGAUGUUCAUGGUUUGGAAAUUACCUCUGACGAUACACCCGGUGAGCUGUACGUUCGUGGUCCGGGUGUUUUGAUGGAGUAUAAAGGUAUACCCGAAGCCAAAGAUGAACAUGGCUGGUUUCGCACCGGGGAUAUAGUCUCUGUCCGUGCCGGUAUGUACUAUGUUGUCGGACGAGCGAAGGAACUUAUCAAAGUCAGGGGUUGGCAAGUUGCGCCCGCCGAAAUUGAAGGCGUUCUCCUCAAACACCCUUGCAUUGCCGACGCAGCCGUCGUUGGCAUCAAAAAGGAAGGCUCCUCCCACCAACUUGAGGACGAGCUCGUCCGCGCAUUCGUCGUGCGACGCAGAACCACAGCCGCAGCACGCCUCACAGGCGACGAAAUUUAUCGGUUUGCGCGCCACCAACUCGUCAGCUAUAAGUCGCUUACGGGAGGGGUCGUUUUUGUCGAUGAAAUACCGCGCACGCCUAGCGGCAAAGUGCAACGGUUCAAGCUUGUGGAGAUGUGUAAUUAUAGGGAUAUUGUGUCUAGUCUACAGCUGUUCUUUGGGCCGCCGCAGGUUGUUGAUAAUCCGAUUAGGCUGGCGGCGGUGCAUAGUUUGGGGUUGAGGUCUGUCGGUCAUAGGAAGAGUGGUGUCGGAACGCCACGGAUUGAGUUGCGUUCCUAG